AUAAGCUGAAAAGUUACUUAAUAUGAAAAAGGCUUUAGACAUUUAAAAUUUGAUGAUCGGUAACUGAAGAUGAAGGGUGGGUGUAUAUAUACGAACGCGACCACCUUUACAGUGCUAGUUGUCCGUUUUCUGUGCCUCAACGAUCAACCAUGAACAGAAUCCUUCUCGUGUGUGGGGUGACGGCCCUCCUGGUGGGAGGGUGCUCAGCCCGCUCGUCAGGUGCCCCGACCUCUGUGUGCAAUGACCCCUUGAUGGAGCCCACCUACCACAUCGAUAAUUUCGCUGCGACAGGCGUCAACAACACCAACGAGUACACCCUUACUUCAGAGCCAGUGGUGGGCAGUCCCGGCCUUUUCAAAGUGACCCUGAGCGGCCCCGUCUUCAAGGGUUACACGGUGAGGGCAACGACUACCAAUGCAAAGAACUUAGGAGAGUUCAUCGCGGACGCUAAUGCUUCUGAAUUCCAAGUCAUGCACUGUGCCAGCGAGAAAGACGUCGCCGUCACCCACGCCAGCGCCACGGACAAGUCCUCCGUCACCCUGUUCUGGUUGGACAGGAACAACGGCAACUACGUCCUCCAAGCCACGGUCGUGCCUGACAUCAACACCUACGUGACCCUUAUCUACGAGCAGUAAGCGGAGGCGGUCGAGAGGGUGGCGUCUCUCGAACUCUAUACCCGAGACACUUGAGAGGAGCCACACGCUUUGCAAACUUUUAUUGUCCACGCGUACAGGUUUUAUGUAAAGGCAUUCAUCGCUGUAAUUGUGGCAGGAUAAUUUAUAUGCCAGUAGGUGUUUUUAAUAAAUUUUAGCACCGAAA